UGAAUUUUUAUCAAAACAGUUGGUAAUCACUCAUCAUGGAUGAUGAUGAAUUGGAGCCUGAACAUAGGUUUAAUCUUCCCAUCUUGCUCUCCCCUACUGUACGUAAACUGCAGCCUCAGAUGCAAGUACUUACUGCAGAUGCUCAUAAUUACACAUAUUUCAAUGAUAUAAACGUACCCGACCAUUCUAUAAACAUCCAUACUAUGCCAUUACAACGGUCCUCUUCUUGCAUUGUUCAGCCAUUAAUACAGCAUUUGCUUCCAAAUAAGCGAGUACGCCCUGUUACUGACUCUCCUAUGCUGCCAGAUAUGAGCUUGAUGUCGACUGCUACUACGCUGCAUCCACUUGCUACAGGGUUUUCACAUUUAAUAUCUGCUCUUGAAGCCAGUGCACGAUUACGACAAACUCCUACUCACACUGCUGACAAUUCUAAUACUGUUCGCAUGUAUUCGGGAAUGCAUUUUGAUCCAUCGGGUCAUGAUGCCGGUACUCCUCUAUCCAAUACGGCAUUGAUGGAUAGAAUGGAUUGCACAGAUUCUGUAUCUUCAGAUAUGGCAAUGAUAUCAACUACUAUGUCUGUGGCUUCAAUUCCUACGGUUUCCUCGAGUCAUAGCAUCAUGGCCUGUGCUUUGUCCAACCCUGAUCAUCACAGCCAUGGAAACACUAAUUUCAACAUGGCUGCGUCAAAUUCUGCUCCUAGACUGUUCCAGCCACAGAAUCAGCUCACUGAUCCUGCUGGACUUUUCCACUCAAGCCAUGAUCAUGAUGCCUCUUUAAAUCCUAAUCACACACAUGUAAAUGCAUCCCAUUCCUUUUUACAUCACACUUUUGAAUCCAGUCACAAUGCUGAUCUUAAUAAUUUUAUGGAUUCAAACAAUGCAUCUGGUUCAUUGCAGCUUCUUUACGACAUCACUGCACAAAAAGCAACUCAUCCAACCUCGACUCAAUCUCAUCUUGAAUUAGGCAAACGCAAGCGUGAUUCGUCUGAAAAUGUACAAUCUAAUAUGGACGGAUCAGCAUCCGGACUACAGGCACAUCAGGUGGAUACAUCCCUUAAUCGUAGUAUCUUUGCACCACCUAGCAAGAUGUUUCGUGCUGCAACGACUGCAUUGACUUCUAGAUUUGCUCAAUGUCUAAAUGUUGAAGAAAAUACGGAAAGCGCUGAUAUGAAUCUAGGUGAUACCGAACUAUCUCAGGCUACCUCGAGUAGUACGAGUAACUUGAGUAGUGAUGGGAGGGCAUUUGUUUGGCCCAACAAGUUUUCUUUUUUCGGCGGUCUUGGAAAACCAUCCACGACUUUGGUACGGAAAACAUCGUUGGCGUCCAAUAUUGAUUCUGAUUCUGGUAUUUCUGUGCCUACCAAUCCGGUACAACCAAGUUGUGAAAACACAGAAAUAGAUGUUGUUCUUGAGGGAAAUGAGGAUGCAUCUUUGCAUGGGUCUACUCGCUCUGCAACAAUCCAAGCCCAUAUUAUUGCCUUGUCACAUUCUUAUGGUAUACACUUGCCAGUUAUGCAACGCAUGUGGGAAGACAAACGACGCGAAUUGAAAUCCAAUCUAAGUAUGCUGUGGUACGGCAUAUCCAAUGAUUCGUAUGACGAUGUCAAAUUAAUCACACAAAAUGUUCUUGAAGCUGCCCAUUGGCUAUCCAAUCGGGAUUUGAGUUUAUUGCGAGAACUGAUUCCAAUCUGGCAUCUUGCUGAACACAAGCUCAAUGGCAUCAUCAAGUAUAUACAAGUUGCUGAAGACAUUAAAUUCACUGUGCAACAAUCUGUAUCCGCCACGGCUCAAUCCAAUGUGUCUCAGUCCUACUCGAUUUUUCAUCCAACGUCCAAUCUAGCGUACAAUACUGAAUCGCUUAUGCAAUUUUUAAUUAGCAAGCAUGAGCUAUAUGGAAAUAUCAUACGGCAAGAAGGGCUUCCUUGGAGAGUAUUGGGGGUUCCGAUGGAGGAACUAGAUCCCUUGUUUAAUGCAUUUGGAAAAUUGCUGCAUCAGGUAGUUGGAAUGCAUUUGAUACGUGUACAUGCUGAAGUUGAAGCUUUUGAAAAAAGUAGAGCAGAUAAUGAGACUAUGGCACUGGCAGACGAAAAUGAUUUAAACUUGUGUGUUUUAAACUCUGUCGAUAUUUUGGCAAAAGUAUGCCAGCUGAUUGGUUUUUGUGUACCACUUCCACCACAAUUGGAAGAGUUGGCACUGCAUUUGUGUACAUUUUAUGCAUCUCAGUCUGUCAAGGAAAUCUCGACAUUGUGCAAGCGAGACACGGCUGAUUUGGCAAGAAACAAACGCCAUAGUACUGGAAAUAUAAACUCUUUUGACUCACAAUCCAUGUCAAGAUCUGCUCGAUCUUCAGAUGCCAAAAUUGCCUAUUGCGUUGAAAAGAUGAUUCGACUCAUGACGCAUAUUAAAACAAUUUCGGCAAAUUCAGAAAAUGGGAUUUUACCAGGCGCGCAAGUCAGUGAGCCUUACCAGGCAAGACUGUUGGUUAAAUCACCUGUAAUGGGUCAACGACAUAGCGACCCCUCUUUAAAACAAACACAGGUUUCAACAAAACCGUCAAAUGUGUUGGUGGAUACGUGUAUAAGUAGUUUAUUUCAGGAAUCAGCUGGAUCAAAUACUGCAUUCUAUUCACCUGACUCGACAUCUCUCACUCCUUCCGAGUCGAUACCUUUAACCCGAGUUCCUGCUUUAACCAUGCUUACUCGACCUUGUAUGGAUGCACUCUUUUGUGACGACGCAGUCUCAUAUUCUGCGGUGUCUUUGUCUGAACCUACUACCAGCCUUUUUUCAGAUCCUUUAUCCAAAUCACUCGCGCAACAUCAAAACAGACACUAUCCUAAUCAACAUGGCGUUUAUUCGACCACAUUCACAGAUACAGAUUUAGAUUCGCCGAUACCGGGACAUAUGCGUACACCUGUAUAUCGUGCUUGUGUACCCCUGUCCACCUCACAGACCAUUUUACCUACAGUAGAAAAGUUUUCUGCAUUGUUGGUUGAGGCUGGAUUAAUGUUAUGCGAACAUGCGUCACAAUCCCGAAUCCUGACACCGGUUACUGAUACUGCAGAAUCAGGCGGUCAUCUCAUGACUGGGUUUGCGUGUCGAUUCAUCUUUGCAGUGUUUCAUCUUGUAGAACAAGAUCUAGAUAGCGAUCUAUGCGAUUGGAUGCAUCGGCUUGUGCGACAACUUAUUCCUGAAGAGAAUCCUGUUUUUGGUAAUGAGUAAUACCAUGUUUUUAACCCUACUAUACUAAUAAAACAUGAUGGGUAAAACAGUCGAGUUUUAUUUAUCGAAAUGUUGCAAG